AUGAAGACUCUGACUUUCUUCAUUUGCCUUGUGGGAUCAGCUUUUGCUAUUCCGACCUAUCCCUUAAUGUACAAACUUGGAAUCCGUGGGCAGAAAAAUUCAGAAAAGAUAAAUUUCAGGUUCAUGCCAGACAAUUCCCAGGCUGUAACUGUCUCUGAGAAACAACAUGUAGAGAAGAUAUUGACAGCAGGACAAAAUAUUGCAGUACCAAUACUGGGUGAUUCACUAGUUGCAAGCAAAUACGCAACAUUUAUAGAAGGCCAGUUGCCCUCUGCUAAUAGUUAAUUGCAGGUUCGAGAUACUUCUGAAUCUUCAAAGGAGAAAAACACAGAGUCUGAGCAGUAUAUGAACAGCAAUGAUGAUUUAUUCUCAAUUCAGGGCAGCAGUGACAGGGAGGAGCACACAUUGAUGGUGGAUGAUGAAGACAAGGAUGAGUGUAAGACAGCUAACAAUCAGGACAGAAACAGUAGUGAGCAUCAAGUGAAAAGUAGUCUAGGGCGUAUUCACUUCCUUGCUCAGAACAUGGGUGUAAUGCUGGCUUCUGACAGUCAGGAGAGUGUCUUUGAGAGAAGCAGCAGCCAUCAAUCUAAACGUGAGCAUUAUCAGUUCAAGAAUGAUGUUCAGAAAAGCAAUACGGCUAGCGAUGAUCAGGAAAACCCAGGGCAGGGUCUCACAGUUGGUCAGGAACAAGACACAUGGAAAUAUAAUAAAAAUCCCAUUGGACUAUUUGAAAACAACAGUGAAGGUGGUGAAGAAAUGGACGAGGAAGAGGAGGAGGAGACAGAGAAAUGGGCUGAAACUGGCUACCGAGACAGGAGGCAAAAAGCCCAUGUGAAAAUUCAAGAGGAUCUCUACAGGAGUGAGCAGAAUAAAGAUAGCAGCCAAUCUGAUGAAAUGCUGAGAGAUGCCAGUCAGCCUCUCCAGAUAAUUAAGAGGCAGGAUGAGGAAUUUGAAGAGACUGACCAAAAAGAAGAAGAGGAGGAUAAUACCCCAGCACAGUCCCAUAAAUGAGAAGAGGUGACUAUCUCACCAAAAAGUACUGAACAAGAUCAGAAUGCUAAAUGGCAAAGCCAGGAGGAUGAAGAUAGGUUCCAAGAUAGUACCCAGAGCAUUAGUGACCACGAGGAAGUGGUGAAAAGACUGAAUCCACAAAAAGCUGCUGCAUGUAUGGAGGCCAGCAAUGUUGAGGACAACAGUGAUGAUAACAAUGAUGAUGAUUCUAAUAAUGAUGCUGACAGUGAUGAAGAUGAUUUCAACAAAAGCCAGAAGGAAGCAGCCUACCACAAGGGUGAAUGAAUUCAGAGUAAUGAUCACAGAAGCAUCAGUUCUGAGGAGCCGGGGGAAGGAAAGGAUGAAGAUGGUGUGGUGACGAAUGAGACAGAGGAUGACCAAAAUGUCAACAUUAAACACCUCAUUCACUUUGAACAAGAUUAUUAUAGUCAUGAGCCAGCCAUUUCUGACAGUGAGGAACAUGAGAAAAUAACCAGCCUUGUGCAAAGGAGCAUGAACACAAUGGAACCCGAAGAUAGUGUAAGCGUCUUUAAAAAGAUGGGUGAUAAAAAAAAUCCUUUGUGGUUUGUAACAGACAUUCCUCCUUGCACGGACUAUGAAGUGGACCAGUUCCCUCUCCGGAUGAGAGACUGGCUCAAGAACAUCCUCAUGCAGCUCUAUGAGCGUGAUCUGGACAGGUCUGGAUUUCUAUCUGACAAACAGAGGAGUAAAGUCAAGAAAAUUUAUCAGAAUGAAAAACGUCUGAUGGCUGGAGAUCAUCCAGUUGAGCUUCUGUUACAGGACUUUGAGAAAAACUAUCAUAUGUACGUGUACCCAGUGCACUGGCAGUUUAGCCAGCUUGAUCGGCACCCUGGUGACAGGUUAUUGACGCACACAGAGCUUGCUCCUUUGCGAGCUUCUCUAGUUCCCAUGGAACACUGCAUAACUCGUUUUUUCCAGGAGUGAGAUGCUGUCAAGAAUAAGCAUGUCUCUUUGAAGGAGUGGUGCCACUGAUUUGGAAUUAAAGAAGGUAAAGCCAUAAGGCUGAAAGACAGAUGGGUAGGGAGAACUGCUCCCUUCACUCUGGCCAGAACAUCAGGUUAGCUGUGUUCUGAG